GCUCGGGUUUGGUCGCUGUCGUGCUGCCGGCCGUUGGGCUCCGGCAGCUGUUUAAAUUUGAACCGGCUCGGGCCUGGGCUGUGGGAUGAGACGGUGUGUUGCUGCCUCUGCGCUGACUCACACUCCUUGAUGAUGACGGUGUUGCAGGAACCCGUUCAGGCUGCUAUUUGGCAUGCACUUAACCACUAUGCUUAUCGGGAUGCUGUCUUCCUUGCAGAAAGGCUCUAUGCUGAAGUUUGUUCCGAAGAGGCUCUGUUUCUCUUAGCAACCUGUUACUAUCGCUCAGGGAAAGCAUACAAAGCCUAUCGGCUUUUGAAAACUCAUAGUUGUACUACUCCUCAGUGCAAAUAUCUUCUUGCCAGAUGUUGUAUGGAUAUCAGCAAACUGGCGGAGGGAGAACAGAUUUUAACUGGUGGAAUACUGAACAAACAGAAAAGCCAUGAUGAUAUUGUUACAGAGUUUGGAGAUUCAGCUUGUUUUACAUUGUCUUUAUUAGGACAUAUAUACUGUAAAACGGAUCGAAUGGCCAAAGGAGCAGACUGUUACCAAAAAAGCCUUAGUCUAAAUCCCUUUCUUUGGUCCCCUUUCGAAUCAUUAUGUGAAAUAGGUGAAAAGCCAGAUCCUGAUCAGACAUUUAAAUUAACAUCUCUCCAGAAUUUUAGUAGUUAUCAGCCAAGUUUAUGUAUGCCUUUGGUUUUGAAUCACGGUGUGCAACAUAACAGGCAACCUGACACUGUCCUGAUGGAAACGCCACAAGACACUAUCGAAUUAAACAGAUUAAAUCUUGAAUCUUCAGCCAACUCAAAAUAUUCCUCAAUGAUGACUGAUUCUUCAGUAUCGUUAAUUGACGCAUCUGUGAUUUCUCCUGAUGCUCUGCCACUUGGUUCUGGAACAUCAGUAUUGUCCAAGCAACAAGUAAACAAACCAAAGCCUGGAAGGAGCUUGCUUGGUGGUCCUGGAACUCUAAGUCCUUUAACUCCAAGCUUUGGAGUCUUGCCCCUGGAUACCCCAAGCCCAGGUGAUGGUUCUUUUUUGCCAAACUAUACAAAUUCUUCUUCUGUAAUUGAUUCAUCCUCCACAGGGGCCCCCACGAAGAAGUCUGUAGCGAGAAUAACGCAAGGUGGAACCAAGUCCGUAUUCGCGCAAAGUGGAAAUAGCCGUGAUGUAACUCCAAUUCCACUGACUCAGACACAGUCUUCAGGCCCACAGACCAGUGCAGCACAGGUACUAUUUCCAACAAGCACAGCCCCCACCAAUGCACCAGGUAAUGCACCGCCCCGCCGAAGUUCCAGGCUCUUUACAAGUGCCAGUUCAACUACAAAGGAGAAUAGUAAAAAGCUGAAGAUGAAAUUUCCACCUAAAAUUCCCAACAGAAAGCCAAAAAACAAAACCAGUAAAGGAGGCAUAACGCAACCAAACCUCAAUGACAGCCUGGAAAUCAGCAAGCUUGACUCCUCUGUCAUCCCUGAAGGCAAAAUCUCCUCAGUCACACCUCAAGUGCAGGCCUUUAAUAUACAGAAAGCAGCUGCAGAUGGACUGAUGAACCUUCUGCGUGAGAUGGGCAAAGGAUAUUUGGCGCUUUGUUCUUACAGCUGCAAGGAAGCUAUUAGUAUCCUGAGUCAGUUGCCUUCACAUCACUACAACACUGGUUGGGUACUAUGUCAAAUAGGAAGAGCACACUUUGAGCUGGCUGAAUAUAUGCAGGCAGAGAGGAUAUUUUCAGAAGUGAGGCGUAUUGAAAGCUAUCGAGUGGAGGGUAUGGAGAUUUAUUCCACCACAUUGUGGCACCUGCAGAAGGAUGUCUCACUCUCUCUUCUUUCCAAGGAUCUCACAGAGAUGGAUAAAAAUACACCAGAGGCUUGGUGUGCAGCCGGGAACUGCUUCAGCUUGCAGCGAGAGCAUGAUAUAGCAAUCAAGUUCUUCCAGAGAGCCAUUCAAGUAGAUCCAAACUUUGCUUACGCAUACACUCUACUUGGUCACGAGUUUGUAUUAACAGAAGAGUUGGACAAAGCACUGGCCUGUUUCCGAAAUGCAAUUCGUGUAAAUUCCCAGCACUAUAAUGCCUGGUAUGGUUUGGGGAUGAUCUACUAUAAGCAAGAGAAGUUCAACCUAGCAGAAAUUCAUUUCCGAAAGGCUCUUAAUAUCAACCCCCAAAGUUCUGUGUUGCUGUGCCACAUCGGUGUGGUCCAGCAUGCAUUAAAGAAAUCCGAGAGUGCACUUGAAACACUAAAUAAAGCCAUAAGUAUAGAUCCAAAAAAUCCCCUAUGCAAAUUCCACCGAGCCUCCAUUUUGUUUGCGAAUGAGAAGUACAAGGCAGCUUUGCAGGAGCUUGAAGAACUGAAACAAAUUGUUCCCAAAGAGUCACUUGUUUACUUUCUAAUAGGAAAGGUUUACAAGAAAUUAGGGCAGACACACCUAGCUCUGAUGAAUUUCUCCUGGGCAAUGGAUCUUGAUCCAAAGGGAGCCAACAACCAGAUCAAAGAGGCUAUUGACAAACGUUACUUACCAGAUGAUGAGGAGCCUGUAACAAAUGAUGGUCAGCACAGUGAGGGUUACCAGUAUGACACAGCUGGAACAGAUGAGUCCCAGGAAAGCAGCAUGACUGAUGCUGAUGACACCCAACUACAUGCGGCGGAGAGCGAUGAGAGCUUCAAUUUGUAAAUGCCACCCCAGCCAAAACAUGGCUCCAGAGCAAGAGCUGCUACUCCCUGGCCUUUCCCUCUCCUCUCUCAUUAGGUCUGUACUUCUGCUUUGAGCAUUUUGAAUGAUGCAGUUUGCCAACGUUAUGAGCGUAGGCUGGAGAGACCUAUCACUGGGUCACGAGGAAACCUGGCACCGACAACUUUUAAUUUCCAGCCUCAACAAUAUUUGUGUUGAACAGGGGGCUUUGUUUUUAAAUGUAAUUGUUAAAAAUGAUCUGAAUGUGAACUUGCAUAACUCCCCUCUCCCUCCUGCUACUUCUGCUCAUGCAAACCUUGACCUUCACAAAAGAUCACAAUUAUGCUGCUGUUAUUCACAUCUUAAAAGGGGGUAAGGGGAGGGGGGUUGAAAGUCCAGUGGCUGGUGUUACCUCAGUGAUUAACCAGCAGAAGGUACAGGUGGUCAAAAUGGCAGCCACUUUCGAGCAGCACUUUGUUCAUAGUGGCUAAUGUACUGCCUUUGGCCACUUAGUUGCUGUGAAUGGAGGUAUUCUCUCAUCUUGCUCAUCUCCUGUCUUUAUUUCACCAUAGAGUGCAGUGCAGCCUUUUCUGUAAAAUGCACAUGCUGAUUGCAUACAGUGGUGGCACCCUUUUAUGGUCUUCCUGACACGAGGAGCCGCUAUCACUUUGUGCAACCAGAAAGUGUUAACGAAUGGAAAAUGCAAUGUGUGUCUGUACGUGUGGAUGUGUAUGCGCAUGGGUGUGUGAAAUCUGGUCUAUUUUUUUAAUUUCAUUUUUCAUUUAAAACUGUAACUUGGUGUCUUAAGUGGAUUUUUUUCUGUUGCUUAUCCCUUUUUAAUUUCAGAUAUUUGUACAGUCUUAGAAAAAGUCUUUUUGUUAAUAUAUUUGCAACUCGGUUUAAUGAUGUGGAAAAAAAAUCCAAAAUAAAAUACUUUGAAAACCUUU